AGGCGGCAAGUGCGAGUUUCCUCCCGUCGGCCGCCGGGGUGCAGGCCCGGGCGAGUAUCCUCGGGGAUGCUCUGGGGCGCGGGGCGGGCGCAGCCGCAGGGCCGCGGCCCGCGCGGCCUCCCGGGGUCACCUUGGGCACAGCGGCCUCGCCCCCGCUUCAGCCGCUGCCCCGCGGGCGGGCCGGGCCUGCGGCAGCGGGGGCGCUCCGGGGCCGCCGCCCGCCAGCCCGGGGGUGCGGGGGCUGCCGAGACCCCGCGUGCGACGGCCAGGGGUACCGGCCGCCCCCCGCACCCCCGAGCCGCUGCCGGGCGGGGGGCGCCUCCCGGGGCUCCCGCAGCCCCUGCCCCGGGCCAGCCCCCGCCCGAGGCGGCGGCAGCAGCCCGGCCGUGGUCGGCUGCGCCCCCGCGGGCGGCGCAGCGGGAGGAGGCGCCGCCCCGGCCGUCAUUUCCGCCGAGUGCGGGGCGGGGGAGGGGGCAGAGCGCUCGCCUCCUCCUCCGCGGCGGCCGGAGACACAGAGACCCAGAGCGGGGCCAGGGCAGCUCCGCCGCCGCUGCCGCCGCCGCGCCCGCGGGCCGCGCCGCGCCGCCCCGCCAGCCGAGCCCGGCCCGGCCCCCCGCCCGGCAUCCCUCCCGCACCCCGCCCCGGCCCGGCCAUGGGGAACGCAGCCACCGCCAAGAAGGGCAACGAGAUCGAGAGCGUGAAAGAGUUCCUAGCCAAAGCCAAAGAAGACUUUUUAAGAAAAUGGGAAAGCCCCCCUCAGAAUACUGCUGGCCUAGAUGAUUUUGAGCGGCAAAAAACCCUUGGAACAGGAUCAUUUGGGAGAGUAAUGAUGGUGAAACAUAAAUCCACAGAACAGUAUUAUGCUAUGAAGAUACUGGACAAACAGAAGGUCGUCAAACUGAAGCAGAUAGAACACACACUGAAUGAGAAGAGGAUAUUACAAGCAGUGAACUUCCCUUUCCUUGUUAAACUGGAGUAUUCUUUUAAGGACAAUUCUAAUUUAUACAUGGUAAUGGAGUAUGUUCCUGGUGGAGAAAUGUUUUCACAUCUAAGAAGAAUCGGAAGGUUCAGUGAACCACAUGCACGGUUUUAUGCAGCUCAGAUAGUGCUAACAUUUGAGUACCUCCAUUCAUUAGACCUCAUCUACAGAGAUCUAAAGCCUGAAAAUCUUUUAAUUGAUCAGCAAGGAUACAUCCAGGUCACGGACUUUGGCUUUGCAAAAAGAGUAAAAGGCAGAACUUGGACGUUAUGUGGGACUCCAGAAUACCUGGCACCUGAAAUAAUUCUCAGCAAGGGUUACAACAAGGCAGUGGAUUGGUGGGCAUUAGGAGUGUUAAUCUAUGAAAUGGCAGCUGGAUAUCCCCCAUUCUUUGCAGAUCAGCCCAUUCAAAUUUACGAGAAGAUUGUGUCUGGCAAGGUGAGGUUCCCAUCACACUUCAGUUCAGACCUAAAGGAUCUUCUAAGAAAUUUACUCCAGGUAGAUUUGACCAAACGAUAUGGAAAUCUCAAGAAUGGUGUAAAUGACAUAAAGAAUCACAAGUGGUUUGCAACUACGGAUUGGAUUGCCAUUUAUCAGAGAAAGGUAGAAGCUCCAUUCAUACCAAAGUGCAGAGGUCCUGGAGAUACCAGCAACUUUGAUGACUAUGAAGAAGAAGAUAUUCGUGCUUCUCUAACAGAAAAAUGUGCAAAAGAAUUUGCUGAUUUUUAGUAGGAGUAAGAGGACAAGAUGACAUCAGGGCUCACAUUGGGAUCUUUGCACUCUGUUAACAGAUGAGGUGGAGCUGAGACCAUCAUAUGUCAAAACAGUUACCUAGUUACUUCAUUCCACAAAGCUGACUGAGGUCUUUAUUGCCAUCUUCCAUGUGUGCAGUUUGCACCAACCCUUCUAACUAGGCACAAUUAAGCAAGCACUGUUUGUGCAGUAACACAGAAUAAUAGACCACUUUCCUACUUAACUUUGGUUUCUGUCGUUCUUUGUUUCUGUGUAUUGUUCAUUUUCCCCCUUUGAAAUGAAGUAGUUUUUUACCCAAGAAUGCUCCAUUUUAUUUUGAAUAAUGUAUUAUUUGUGUGAGUGAAAUGGAAGGUGUUGCGGCUAGUGUGAUUUAGACUGAAGUGAAAGAUAAAUGUUGCUUCUAGUCUGUGCCAGCCAAUAAUUCAUGUCUGUCUUGUGUCUGAUGCUACAAUUUAUAAUAAUUUUUUAGUAGCUCAGACUAAACCUAGCCAACAUUUUUAGCAUUUUUGAAGGUAGUAUUUAUCGCCAUAUAAAUGUCUGCUAAAUUAACUUAAAAACAUUUCUUCCUGGAGGCUGACCAAAAUUCAGUAGAAUCAAUUGGAUGGCUUAAGUAGGGGACAGUAGCUAGACCCCGUGCCUUGGUUUUCUACAUCCCUGCAGUUUUUGUCACUGCCUUCUUCCUUUGUAUUUCCCACCUAGGCAGUAGGCAAGUUGCCAUAACCAGACUGUACCAUGGAAAGCUUACAGUCUCAUGAGAGGGAGUAAUUCCACCUGGUCUGGAUUUUGGACCAUAUUAAACCAAGUCAACUUACCAGCAUUUCAGUUGGCAGGUGUGAAAUGGCUUGUUUAAGAUCAAGAACCCUAAACUCUUAAAGGAAGUUUUGGUCAGUACUGUAGAGAAAUCAUUUUGAUUCACUUUUUCUUCUUUUAUUUUUUUCCUUAAUUUUUUAAAAGUAGCCAGUGUUUUGGCUUCCAAAGUAUUCCUUGCUUCAAGCCUUUUUUGAUUAAAAAAGGCAUCCAUUAGAAUAAAAACCAUCAUGCCACAAAAAGCAAAAUGCGCUCUGCCAUUAGCUAUGAAAAACAAAUGGUUUAGCAAAUGCAAAAUAAUGUUCUAGAUGCAUCGCUGGAUGAACACGGUUAUUUUUUGUUAGCUGUUAAGAAUAAGAGGUUAUUGCCAAGUUUUUAUUCUGGUAUACUAUAUUAGUAAACUGAGGAUGGAGUACUGCUACAAUCAUUUUCUUUUUAAUUACAGCACUUCAUUCAUGAAGAAAAGAUCAAGUUUAAAAACUGCAACAGCUGAGUUUAUUUUAGUUGCGUUGUGUCUUCAUUUCUAACCUACUUUCUUUCAAUCAAUCAGAAUGUAUGGUCACACAGAUACAAGUAUUUGGGUUUAAUUAUGUUUUGUAUACUCUCACCAACUGACUUAAAAGGUAUUGCUACCAUGUGCUAGCUUUGGGCACUUUUACACAUUUAUUUCAAUGUUAAUAAUCAGCGGCUCAGCACUUUUUUUUGGGGUUGCUUUUAAACUUAUUCAUAGUAGUUUUAUUUGUACACUUGGUUCUGGCUGUCUCAGUGACCUGUCUUAAACAGCACAUCUAAAAGUUAAAACUAGACUCAUGUUUUAUGAUAAAUUUACAUGCAUACAAGGAUGAAUUGUUUUUUUAAAGAAAUGAGCUAUAUUGAUACAUAGCCAUCGGAUUUGUUUGAAUGCCAGUGGAAAUAAACAGCUGGCAGUCCUUCCUUUUAAUCUGUACGACGCUCCUAAAAGAAAGGCCUUUGUAGACAUUUUACAAAAGAGUAUGAAACAUACCACCCAAUGUUCUGUCUGUUUAGGUUGUUGAGCAUUUUUGCACAACGUCAUUAGGAGGCUGACACCGAAUGCAGUCUUUGUCCACCCAUAUUUACAUACAUGCAAGAAAAGUAUAAGAUACUUUGCUGUAGCAAAUUUUAUGUAACAAAGAUAUAUCGUCACAUUAAUAAAUUUAAAGAAAUCCUUUGUAUGAAAAUGUUAAAAUCUUUUGUAUUUCAUUUAGACCAAGGACAUGCUGCUGUAUGCUAGCUGUAUGCGAUAAAUUCUACAGUAACUUUGUUGUCGUUUAUGAACUUUAAAAGAUUUUAAUAAAUGUUGGAGAUCACAAUUUGA